AUGGGCGUCACAAUACACUUCCGAUGGAAGAAUUUCUUUAUUUGCUUCGCCAUCUCCCUCGGGGCGCUUGCUUAUGGCUAUCUCGCUGCUAUUAUCAGUACGACGAUGGGGAAGCCGGCUUUCCUGCUGUAUAUGGGGCUGGGUGAUGAGAGUGGUGAGGUCUUUCAUGAUAAGGAGAAUCUUCAAGGGGCUAUUACCAGUGUUUUUCAGGCGGGUGCCAUUAUUGGCUGCCUUUGUAGUUGCUAUAUCACAGACACCUACGGCCGGAAAGCAGGAAUGAUUUAUUGCUCCAUGCUGUCGAUUCUAGGCGCAGCUGGACUGACCGGUAGUCCCAAUAUUGGAGCUUUCAUCACAUUCCGUUUCUUCGCUGGUGCCGGAAGCUGGGGAUACACGGCCGUCGCCCCUGUAUACUGCUCCGAGCUUGCACCCCCCUCCGUCCGUGGCUUCUUCGUCGGCAUGAUCGGUGCAAUGCUGGGUCUUGGCUAUGCCACAGCUAAUUACUUCGGUCUGGCAUUCUACUACGCCUCCGAUCCAACGGUUAGCUGGCGCGCUCCACUCGGCCUGCAGCUCUUCUUUCCUGUGAUGAUCCUGUGUAUCCUUCCGUUCAUCCCUGAAUCUCCGCGUUACUACCUCAUGAUGGACAAGAAGGAGCAGGCGUGGUCAGUUAUCGAGAAACUACACGAGGACCCCACGGACCGUGAGAACGAGUUCGCCCGCCGCGAAUUCUACCAGAUGGCGCAGCAGGCUGCGUAUGACAGGACUAUUAACUCGUCGUGGAUAGAAUUGUUUAGACGGCCAUCGUACAGGAAGCGUGUCCUGUUCGGGAUGUUCUUGAUGAUUCUGUGUCAGAGUACUGGCGAACUAGUACUGAAUCAAUACAACCAGGAACCGAAAUUCUACGCCGAACUCGGCUACAACACCCUCCAAACCCUAAUCCUGCAAACGGGCCGAAACUCCAUUGCAUUUUUAGGAAACCUAAUCGGCGCAUUCAUAAUCGACCGCUUCGGCCGACGCAAACUUCUUUUAAACGGACUAGGCGGAUGCAUCGUAUAUCUCUGCAUCGAGGCAGCCAUGGUAGCGCAGUACGCAGACUCCGGCACGAACCGCGCGGGACUCGGCGUUGGCGUUGCGGCGCUCUACGUGUUUCUUGUCUUCUAUGCGCUGGGCAUGGACGCGGCGAGCUGGGUGAUUCUGUCUGAGAUUUUCCCGAAUUUUAUACGGGCUAAGGGAUAUGCCGUUGCUGUUGCUACGAAGAGUGCGAUUAAUUUGGUCUAUUUGCAGGUUACCCCCAUGGGGUUUGCGGAGUUGGGGUGGAGGUAUUUUAUGGUGUAUGUUAGUAUUUCUGUUGUUGGGUUCGUUUUGUUGUAUUGGGCUGCUCCUGAAACCAAGGGGAUUCCGUUGGAGGAGGUUGCGGCGUUGUUUGGUGAUAAGGAUGAUAUUAUGGUUUAUCAGGAUCAGAUUCAUGUGGAUCAUACCUCGCACAAGGUUGUCGUUGAUGGACAUAGAGAGCAUACAGAGAUCCGGCAGCGGACAGUGGAGGAGCGUACUGACCGUGGGGUUGAUAGGGAGGGUGUUUGA